AUGUCUUCUUUAAAAGUGGCUGUUCGUGUUAGGCCUUUUGAUAGUCGAGAAAUACAAUUAUCUUCCAAAUGUGUGAUCGAUAUGUUAGACCAAACCACAUUUAUCACAAGCAGCUCCAAUCAAACAUACAGUUUUGAGUUUGAUUAUUCUUAUUCAUCAUUUGACAAAACUUCUGUGAAUUAUGCUUCCCAGGAAAUGAUUUAUGAUGAUAUUGGCUCUGAAAUGCUUGACCACGCUUUUGAUGGAUACAAUGUUUGUAUAUUUGCUUAUGGUCAAACUGGUUCUGGAAAGUCAUAUACAAUGAUGGGUAAGAUGGACGAUCUUGAAGAAAUGGGAAUGAUUCCAAGACUUUGCCGCGAAAUUUUUAGUCGGAUUAGUGAAAACAGAGAGAAUCCGCAACUUGAAUAUAAUAUAGAGGUAAAACAGUGUUUUUUGUUUAAAUGGGGCUGUGAAAGAUUUUUUUGGGUGUUUUUGAGACUUCCUAGAUGUUGGGUGAUUUUGAGUUUUUUGAGGGUGUUUUUUGAUUUUAAGUGAAGCCUGAGAUUUGGUCUCGUCUUUUUCAAGUUU